UAGCGCUCUAGCCACAGGACCACAAUGGGGACCUCUAAGGUGACACCCGUAUGGGUGCUGGUAUGGAUGGCGGUAAUCAUUGGACAAACUACCUCAGAAACAGGUCCAACAAAGGUUAAUGUGAUUCCAACAAUGGCAAAGAUACAAAUGCUUGCAGGAGCGAGUCCUGUGCACAACGAUCAGGUCUGCAGCACAUGGGGCAACUACCACUUCAAGACCUUUGACGGAGACAUCUUCCAGCUGCCGUCCGACUGCAACUACAUCCUGACGUCUCAGUGUAAGAGCAGCUACGAAGACUUCAACAUCCAGCUGAGGCGCGAGGAUGUGGACGGAGAGCCCACCAUCAGCACAAUCACCAUGAAGCUCGAGGGCAAUGCGGUGGUGCUGGCCAAGGGAUCCGUCUCCGUCAAUGGGAAGAUUGUGACACUGCCAUUCGGUGAAGGUGGGGUUUUCAUUGAGAAGACAGCAUCCUACAUUGCCAUCAAGGCAAAGCUGGGGCUCUUGGCCGCCUGGGAUGAGAAUGACGCCUUCAUGGUGGAGCUGGACAAAAAGUAUGCAAACCAAACUUGUGGCUUGUGUGGAGACUUCAAUGGUGUCAAGACAUACAACGAAUUUGUCACAAGUGCUGGUGCAAAAAUUUCAAAUGUUGACUAUGGAGACAUCUGGAAGAUGGAUGGCCCAACUGAAAGCUGUAAUGAAAAACCUCAACCAGAACCUGCGCAGAAAUGCUCUGAUUUUACGGUGGCAUGUGAACAGCUGCUUUCCAGCCCGGCCUUGAAGGCCUGUGGUGAUGUGGUGGACAUUGAGCCAUACGUCCAGGCCUGUGUGGAGGACAUGUGCCAGUGCCAGAACGCCUCAGACUUCUUCUGCCUGUGCAGCACCCUGGCUGAGUUCUCACGCCAGUGCAUCCACGCUGGGGGAAAGCCCGGGGAGUGGAGAUCUCCGCAGUUCUGCCCUAAGACCUGCCCCGACAACAUGGUUUACCAGGAGUGUGGAAGUCCAUGCAUGGACACCUGUUCAAACCCUGACAGGGGACAGGUGUGUGAGGAGCACUGUCUGGAUGGAUGCUUCUGCCCACAAGGUACCGUGAUUGAUGAUGUCACUGGGAAGGGAUGCAUCAGUUUGGCUGAGUGCUCUUGCGUCAUGAAUGGAAAGAUCUAUCAACCAGGAGAGUCUUAUUCCAGCAGCUGUGAAAACUGCACGUGUGGUUCAGGAGUGUGGACUUGCAAAGCAGGGGACUGCCCAGCAACCUGCUCGGUGGAGGGGGGCUCUCACAUCAUCACCUAUGAUGGCAUGGACUACACCUUCCAUGGUGACUGCUCAUACCUGCUCACUAAGCCAUGUGGUGGGACAGACUUCACAGUUCUUGGAGAUAUCGUUAAAUGUGGCUUGACUGAAACAGAAACCUGUUUAAAGGCUGUGACACUGGCUGUGUCUGACAACACGGUGAUAAACAUCCAGGCCAAUGGGAAGGUGUUUGUUAACAGGAUCUACUCCCAGUUGCCCCUCUCCACAGCCGGUGUUGAGAUCGUCGAGGCCUCAACCUUUUUCAUCGUGGUUCAGACCGUGUCCGGCAUUCAGUUGGAGAUCCAGCUCUCCCCCAUCAUGCAGGUGUUCAUCACCGCAGGGCCCCAGUACAAGCAGAAGCUGUGCGGUCUGUGUGGAAACUUCAAUGAUGUCCAGGCGGAUGACUUCCUGACGAUGAGUGGCAUCAUUUCGGGCACGGCCGCCCCCUUCGCCAACACCUGGAAGGCCCGCUCUAACUGCCCCGACGUCACCAGCAGCCUGAGCAACCCCUGCAGCCUCAGUGUCGACAACGAGAAGUAUGCCCAGAAGUGGUGUGGCCUGCUCACUGAUCCCAAUGAGGUUUUUGCCCCAUGCCACAGCAUAAUCAACCCAGACGUCUACAAAGAGAACUGCAUGUAUGACAGCUGUAACUGUGAGAAGAGUGAGGACUGCAUGUGUGCUGCCCUCUCCUCCUACGUGCAUGCGUGUGCAGCCAAAGGCGUCCAGCUGAACGGAUGGAGAGACACCGCCUGCAGGAAAUAUGCCGAUAGCUGCCCCAGCAACAUGGUCUACGCCUACAACAUUCAAAGCAACGACCGCACUUGCCGCUGCUACAGCGAGCCCGACUUCACCUGCUCCAUGGCCUACGCCCCCGUGGACGGCUGCAUCUGCCCCAAGGGAACCUACCUGGACGAGGGAGGCAAGUGCGUCACGCCAGCCAGCUGCCCCUGCUACUACCAGGGCCAAGUCAUCCCUCCGGGAGAGGUCAUCAGCAAGGACGACACCACCUGCACAUGCAAAGCUGGCAAACUCAGUUGCAUGGGAGAACAUACCCACCUUACAACUUGCAAGGCCCCCAUGGUCUACUUCAACUGCUCCAGCGUUGAUAGUGCAUCCAAAGGCGCAGAGUGCCAGAGGAGUUGCCAGACCCUUCACAUGCCCUGUAUCAGCUCUGAGUGCACCUCUGGCUGCGUGUGUCCUGCUGGUCUGGUCUCCGAUGGAAAAGGGGGAUGUAUCAAGGAGGACGAGUGCCCCUGUUACCACAAUGGGGAUCAGUACAAACCUGGAGCAAGCAUCAAGAUGGACUGUAAUAAAUGCACCUGCAAGGACAGGAGAUGGGAGUGCACAACAGACCUGUGCCACGGCACCUGUGCCAUCUAUGGGGAUGGCCACUACAUCACCUUUGAUGGGAAGAGAUUCAACUUUGAUGGUAGCUGUGAAUACAUCCUGACUGAGAACUACUGUGCACAUGGAAGUACCAAUGGGACCUUUAGAGUGAUCACUGAGAAUGUACCUUGUGGGAACACCGGGACCACCUGUUCCAAAGCCAUCAAAAUGUUUUUGGGGGGCACAGAGUUGAUACUGACCGAUGGAGGUUACCAAGUGGUCAAGAGACAAGGCCCAGAGGUUCCCUACCAGAUCCGCACCAUGGGCAUCUACCUUGUGGUCGAAGCAAACAAUGGGCUGAUCCUCAUGUGGGACAGGAGAACCAGUCUGUUCAUCAAGCUCAGUCCAUCAUAUAAGGGUCAUGUUUGUGGCUUGUGUGGAAACUAUGAUGGAAAUGCCAACAACGAUUUUGGCACAAGAAACCUUGGACAGGCUAUAAAGGCCCUGGACUUUGGGAACAGCUGGAAGGUCUCCCCCAGUUGCCCCGACGUGAAAAAGAUCCCAACGCCCUGCACAGCCAACCCUUACAGGAAGUCCUGGGCUCAGAAAAAGUGCAGCCUUAUCAUAAGUCAAGUUUUUGCUAAAUGCCACGCACAGGUGGACCCAUCUCCAUUUUACGAUGCUUGCGUGAGUGACUCGUGCGCCUGUGAUAGCGGUGGAGACUGUGAGUGCUUCUGCACAGCAGUGGCAGCUUACGCGGCUGCCUGCAAUGAAGCUGGAGUCUGUGUUGCUUGGAGAAGUCCGGACAUUUGUCCUCUCUUCUGUGACUACUACAACCCACCGGGCGAGUGUGAGUGGCACUACAAACCCUGUGGAGCUCCAUGCCAGAAGACCUGCAGGAACCCCACCGGCCAAUGCUCCCAGCAGAUACCGGCCCUGGAAGGCUGCUACCCACAGUGCCCUGCUGAUGAGCCGUUCUUUGACGAAAACACCAUGAAGUGUGUACGAAAGGACACAUGUCCAUGUUAUGAUGAUGAGGGCAGAAUCUACAUCUCCGGACAGAAGGUCCCUACCACUGCCAACUGUACUACAUGUGAAUGCACUCCAAAUGGCAUCAACUGCGUUCGCGAUUCAAAGGCUUGCACCUGUACAUACGACCAUAAGGAGUACUACUACGGUCAGACCAUUUAUAACACAACGGAUGGACUGGGAAGCUGCAUUACAGCCAUUUGUGGAGAAAAUGGGGUUGUUAUUAGGUCAAUCUAUCCAUGUCCAACUCCUUCCCCAUCCACCACAACUUUUACCUUCACCAGCUCCUUAACGCCGACACCAUCUACAACAACACCAACUCCAACAACUAAGCCACACAAUUGUGGAUGUGCAUGGUCAGAAUGGAUAAAUGUUGAUUAUCCACAAUUUGGUCCGGACGGAGGUGACAAUGAAUCUAUCAGUAACAUCAUUAAGAAAGGCUACAAAAUCUGUAAAAAACCAACAAACAUCAGUUGCCAAGCAGUCCGCUAUCCAGGAGUUCCUCUGUCAAAAUUGGAUCAAAAGGUGACCUGCAACACAGAAGUAGGGCUAAUUUGUGAAAACAAAAAUCAGUGGCCAGUCCCAGUCUGUUUCGACUAUGAGAUUAAAGUAGAGUGUUGUGAUGAGCCAUGUCCAAUAACACCGACAACUACACCAACGACUACUCCUACAACAACUACAACGACUACACCUACAACCACUACAACCACUACACCUACAACUACAACCACUACCACAGGAACUCCCUCAACAACGCCAACAACUACACCAGGUACAAGUACUACUACUCCCGGCUGUGUUUGUGAGUGGUCUGACUGGAUAAAUGCUGGACAACCAACACCUGGCCCUGAUGGUGGAGACUCUGAAUCCAUUUCCCAGCUCAUCAGCUCAGGACGUAUUUCAUGCAGUCAUCCAGUGAAGGUAGAGUGCAGGUCCAAGAUGUAUCCAAAUUUACCAAUCUCUGAAUUGGGCCAAGACGUCACUUGCAACCCGUUUGUUGGACUUGUUUGCUUGAACAAAAACCAAGGCCUGAAAAAGUUGUGCUUUGAUUAUGAAAUCAGAGUACAGUGUUGUCACGGACAAAUGUGCCCUACACCUUCACCACUUCCUAUAACAACGACUACACCUACAACCACUACGCCUACUACAACUACAUCAACUACUACUCCAACAACUACGCCAACAACUACACCACCUACAACAACAACUACACCUACAACCACUACAACUACUACAACUACAACCACUACCCCAGAAACUCCCACAACGCCAACAACUACACCAAGUACAACAAGUCCCACUACUCCCAGCUGUGUUUGUGAGUGGUCUGACUGGAUAAAUGCUGGACAACCAACACCUGGCCCUGAUGGUGGAGACUCUGAAUCCAUUUCCCAGCUCAUCAGCUCAGGACGUAUUUCAUGCAGUCAUCCAGUGAAGGUAGAGUGCAGGUCCAAGAUGUAUCCAAAUUUACCAAUCUCUGAAUUGGGCCAAGACGUCACUUGUAACCCAUUUGUUGGACUUGUUUGCUUGAACAAAAACCAAGGCCUGAAAAAGUUGUGCUUUGAUUAUGAAAUCAGAGUACAGUGUUGUCAUGGACAAACGUGCCCUACACCACUUACACCUACAACAACAACGACUACACCCACAACCACUACAACUACUACAACUACAACCACUACCCCAGAAACUCCCACAACGCCAACAACUACACCAAGUACAACAAGUACUACUACUCCCAGCUGUGUUUGUGAGUGGUCUGACUGGAUAAAUGCUGGACAACCAACACCUGGCCCUGAUGGUGGAGACUCUGAAUCCAUUUCCCAGCUCAUCAGCUCAGGACGUAUUUCAUGCAGUCAUCCAGUGAAGGUAGAGUGCAGGUCCAAGAUGUAUCCAAAUUUACCAAUCUCUGAAUUGGGCCAAGACGUCACUUGCAACCCGUUUGUUGGACUUGUUUGCUUGAACAAAAACCAAGGCCUGAAAAAGUUGUGCUUUGAUUAUGAAAUCAGAGUACAGUGUUGUCACGGACAAAUGUGCCCUACACCACUUCCACCUACAACAACAACGACUACACCUACAACCACUACGCCUACUACAACUACAAUCCCUACCCCAGAAACUCCCACAACAACGCCAACAACUACACCAAGUACAACAAGUGCUACUACUCCCGGCUGUGUUUGUGAGUGGUCUGACUGGAUAAAUGCUGGACAACCAACACCUGGCCCUGAUGGUGGAGACUCUGAAUCCAUUUCCCAGCUCAUCAGCUCAGGACGUAUUUCAUGCAGUCAUCCAGUGAAGGUAGAGUGCAGGUCCAAGAUGUAUCCAAAUUUACCAAUCUCUGAAUUGGGCCAAGACGUCACUUGCAACCCGUUUGUUGGACUUGUUUGCUUGAACAAAAACCAAGGCCUGAAAAAGUUGUGCUUUGAUUAUGAAAUCAGAGUACAGUGUUGUCACGGACAAAUGUGCCCUACACCACUUCCACCAACAACAACAACGACUACACCCACAACCACUACAACUACUACAACUACAACCACUACCCCAGAAACUCCCACAACAACGCCAACAACUACACCAAGUACAACAAGUCCCACUACUCCCAGCUGUGUUUGUGAGUGGUCUGACUGGAUAAAUGCUGGACAACCAACACCUGGCCCUGAUGGUGGAGACUCUGAAUCCAUUUCCCAGCUCAUCAGCUCAGGACGUAUUUCAUGCAGUCAUCCAGUGAAGGUAGAGUGCAGGUCCAAGAUGUAUCCAAAUUUACCAAUCUCUGAAUUGGGCCAAGACGUCACUUGCAACCCGUUUGUUGGACUUGUUUGCUUGAACAAAAACCAAGGCCUGAAAAAGUUGUGCUUUGAUUAUGAAAUCAGAGUACAGUGUUGUCACGGACAAAUGUGCCCUACACCACUUCCACCUACAACAACAACGACUACACCCACAACCACUACAACUACUACAACUACAACCACUACCCCAGAAACUCCCACAACAACGCCAACAACUACACCAAGUACAACAAGUCCCACUACUCCCAGCUGUGUUUGUGAGUGGUCUGACUGGAUAAAUGCUGGACAACCAACACCUGGCCCUGAUGGUGGAGACUCUGAAUCCAUUUCCCAGCUCAUCAGCUCAGGACGUAUUUCAUGCAGUCAUCCAGUGAAGGUAGAGUGCAGGUCCAAGAUGUAUCCAAAUUUACCAAUCUCUGAAUUGGGCCAAGACGUCACUUGCAACCCGUUUGUUGGACUUGUUUGCUUGAACAAAAACCAAGGCCUGAAAAAGUUGUGCUUUGAUUAUGAAAUCAGAGUACAGUGUUGUCACGGACAAAUGUGCCCUACACCACUUCCACCUACAACAACAACGACUACACCCACAACCACUACAACUACUACAACUACAACCACUACCCCAGAAACUCCCACAACAACGCCAACAACUACACCAGGUACAACAAGUCCCACUACUCCCAGCUGUGUUUGUGAGUGGUCUGACUGGAUAAAUGCUGGACAACCAACACCUGGCCCUGAUGGUGGAGACUCUGAAUCCAUUUCCCAGCUCAUCAGCUCAGGACGUAUUUCAUGCAGUCAUCCAGUGAAGGUAGAGUGCAGGUCCAAGAUGUAUCCAAAUUUACCAAUCUCUGAAUUGGGCCAAGACGUCACUUGCAACCCGUUUGUUGGACUUGUUUGCUUGAACAAAAACCAAGGCCUGAAAAAGUUGUGCUUUGAUUAUGAAAUCAGAGUACAGUGUUGUCAUGGACAAACGUGCCCUACACCACUUACACCUACAACAACAACGACUACACCCACAACCACUACAACUACUACAACUACAACCACUACCCCAGAAACUCCCACAACAACGCCAACAACUACACCAAGUACAACAAGUACUACUACUCCCAGCUGUGUUUGUGAGUGGUCUGACUGGAUAAAUGCUGGACAACCAACACCUGGCCCUGAUGGUGGAGACUCUGAAUCCAUUUCCCAGCUCAUCAGCUCAGGACGUAUUUCAUGCAGUCAUCCAGUGAAGGUAGAGUGCAGGUCCAAGAUGUAUCCAAAUUUACCAAUCUCUGAAUUGGGCCAAGACGUCACUUGCAACCCGUUUGUUGGACUUGUUUGCUUGAACAAAAACCAAGGCCUGAAAAAGUUGUGCUUUGAUUAUGAAAUCAGAGUACAGUGUUGUCAUGGACAAAUGUGCCCUACACCAUCACCACUUCCACCUACAACAACAACGACUACACCUACAACCACUACGCCUACUCCAACUACAUCAACUACUACUCCAACAACUACGCCAACAACUACACCAGGUACAAGUACUACUACUCCCGGCUGUGUUUGUGAGUGGUCUGACUGGAUAAAUGCUGGACAACCAACACCUGGCCCUGAUGGUGGAGACUCUGAAUCCAUUUCCCAGCUCAUCAGCUCAGGACGUAUUUCAUGCAGUCAUCCAGUGAAGGUAGAGUGCAGGUCCAAGAUGUAUCCAAAUUUACCAAUCUCUGAAUUGGGCCAAGACGUCACUUGUAACCCAUUUGUUGGACUUGUUUGCUUGAACAAAAACCAAGGCCUGAAAAAGUUGUGCUUUGAUUAUGAAAUCAGAGUACAGUGUUGUCAUGGACAAACGUGCCCUACACCUUCACCACUUCCACCUACAACAACAACGACUACACCUACAACCACUACAACUACUACAACUACAACCACUACCCCAGAAACUCCCACAACGCCAACAACUACACCAAGUACAACAAGUACUACUACUCCCGGCUGUGUUUGUGAGUGGUCUGACUGGAUAAAUGCUGGACAACCAACACCUGGCCCUGAUGGUGGAGACUCUGAAUCCAUUUCCCAGCUUAUCAGCUCAGGAAGUAUUUCAUGCAGUCAUCCAGUGAAGGUAGAGUGCAGGUCCAAGAUGUAUCCAAAUUUACCAAUCUCUGAAUUGGGCCAAGACGUCACUUGCAACCCGUUUGUUGGACUUGUUUGCUUGAACAAAAACCAAGGCCUGAAAAAGUUGUGCUUUGAUUAUGAAAUCAGAGUACAGUGUUGUCAUGGAAAAACGUGCCCUACACCUUCACCACUUCCACCUACAACAACAACGACUACACCCACAACCACUACAACUACUACAACUACAACCACUACCCCAGAAACUCCCACAACAACGCCAACAACUACACCAAGUACAACAAGUACUACUACUCCCAGCUGUGUUUGUGAGUGGUCUGACUGGAUAAAUGCUGGACAACCAACACCUGGCCCUGAUGGUGGAGACUCUGAAUCCAUUUCCCAGCUCAUCAGCUCAGGACGUAUUUCAUGCAGUCAUCCAGUGAAGGUAGAGUGCAGGUCCAAGAUGUAUCCAAAUUUACCAAUCUCUGAAUUGGGCCAAGACGUCACUUGCAACCCGUUUGUUGGACUUGUUUGCUUGAACAAAAACCAAGGCCUGAAAAAGUUGUGCUUUGAUUAUGAAAUCAGAGUACAGUGUUGUCAUGGACAAACGUGCCCUACACCACUUCCACCUACAACAACAACGACUACACCCACAACCACUACAACUACUACAACUACAACCACUACCCCAGAAACUCCCACAACAACGCCAACAACUACACCAAGUACAACAAGUACUACUACUCCCAGCUGUGUUUGUGAGUGGUCUGACUGGAUAAAUGCUGGACAACCAACACCUGGCCCUGAUGGUGGAGACUCUGAAUCCAUUUCCCAGCUCAUCAGCUCAGGACGUAUUUCAUGCAGUCAUCCAGUGAAGGUAGAGUGCAGGUCCAAGAUGUAUCCAAAUUUACCAAUCUCUGAAUUGGGCCAAGACGUCACUUGCAACCCGUUUGUUGGACUUGUUUGCUUGAACAAAAACCAAGGCCUGAAAAAGUUGUGUUUUGAUUAUGAAAUCAGAGUACAGUGUUGUCAUGGACAAAUGUGCCCUACACCAUCACCACAUCCACCUAUAACAACAACCACUACACCUACAACCACUAUGCCUACUCCAACUACAUCAACUACCCCAGAAACUCCCACAACAACGCCAACAACUACACCAAGUACAACAAGUACUACUACUCCCAGCUGUGUUUGUGAGUGGUCUGACUGGAUAAAUGCUGGACAACCAACACCUGGCCCUGAUGGUGGAGACUCUGAAUCCAUUUCCCAGCUCAUCAGCUCAGGACGUAUUUCAUGCAGUCAUCCAGUGAAGGUAGAGUGCAGGUCCAAGAUGUAUCCAAAUUUACCAAUCUCUGAAUUGGGCCAAGACGUCACUUGCAACCCGUUUGUUGGACUUGUUUGCUUGAACAAAAACCAAGGCCUGAAAAAGUUGUGCUUUGAUUAUGAAAUCAGAGUACAGUGUUGUCAUGGACAAACGUGCCCUACACCAUCACCACUUCCACCUACAACAACAACGACUACACCUACAACCACUACGCCUACUCCAACUACAUCAACUACUCCAACAACUACGCCAACAACUACACCAGGUACAAGUACUACUACUCCCAGCUGUGUUUGUGAGUGGUCUGACUGGAUAAAUGCUGGACAACCAACACCUGGCCCUGAUGGUGGAGACUCUGAAUCCAUUUCCCAGCUCAUCAGCUCAGGAAGUAUUUCAUGCAGUCAUCCAGUGAAGGUAGAGUGCAGGUCCAAGAUGUAUCCAAAUUUACCAAUCUCUGAAUUGGGCCAAGACGUCACUUGCAACCCGUUUGUUGGACUUGUUUGCUUGAACAAAAACCAAGGCCUGAAAAAGUUGUGCUUUGAUUAUGAAAUCAGAGUACAGUGUUGUCAUGGACAAAUGUGCCCUACACCACUUCCACCUACAACAACAACGACUACACCCACAACCACUACAACUACUACAACUACAACCACUACCCCAGAAACUCCCACAACAACGCCAACAACUACACCAAGUACAACAAGUACUACUACUCCCAGCUGUGUUUGUGAGUGGUCUGACUGGAUAAAUGCUGGACAACCAACACCUGGCCCUGAUGGUGGAGACUCUGAAUCCAUUUCCCAGCUCAUCAGCUCAGGACGUAUUUCAUGCAGUCAUCCAGUGAAGGUAGAGUGCAGGUCCAAGAUGUAUCCAAAUUUACCAAUCUCUGAAUUGGGCCAAGACGUCACUUGCAACCCGUUUGUUGGACUUGUUUGCUUGAACAAAAACCAAGGCCUGCAAAAGUUGUGCUUUGAUUAUGAAAUCAGAGUACAGUGUUGUCAUGGACAAAUGUGCCCUACACCUUCACCACUUCCACUUACAACAACAACGACUACACCUACAACCACUACAACUACUACAACUACAACCACUACCCCAGAAACUCCCACAACGCCAACAACUACACCAAGUACAACAAGUACUACUACUCCCAGCUGUGUUUGUGAGUGGUCUGACUGGAUAAAUGCUGGACAACCAACACCUGGCCCUGAUGGUGGAGACUCUGAAUCCAUUUCCCAGCUCAUCAGCUCAGGACGUAUUUCAUGCAGUCAUCCAGUGAAGGUAGAGUGCAGGUCCAAGAUGUAUCCAAAUUUACCAAUCUCUGAAUUGGGCCAAGACGUCACUUGCAACCCGUUUGUUGGACUUGUUUGCUUGAACAAAAACCAAGGCCUGAAAAAGUUGUGCUUUGAUUACGAAAUCAGAGUACAGUGUUGUCAUGGACUAAUGUGCCCUACACCAUCACCACUUCCACCUACAACAACAACAACUACACCUACAACCACUACAACUACUACACCUACAACUACUACUACAACUACAACCACUACCACAGAAUCUCCUUCUACAACAGCAUCAUCCACAUCACACAGUACAGUUACUGUGACUCCUACCUCCAGCACAACUGUCACAUCAACCACACCCUUCAUUCCUAUUACGGGAACAACAACAACAACAACUCCACCAAUUACAUCACACCAGAUAAUUGGUUGUCUCUAUGAUGGCAAAUUUUAUUCCGCAAAUUCUGUCAUUUAUAAUAAAACGGAUGCGCAUGGAUGUUCUUAUUUCGCCAUUUGCCUGAAAAACCAGACAAUAAUUAAGGGCAUUACAUGUCCACCCACACCUGCUCCUACAACUCCUUCAACUCCUCCACCCACAACACUUACAACAACUUCUAUGUCUACAACCAAAUCACCCUUCAUAUUUUGUGAACCAUACCAUGUACCGAAUGGAACAAUAUGGAUUGAUGCUAAGAAUGACUGCAAAAAUCUUACAUGCGUCAAUGGUAACGUCCACCAGUUUGAUAGGUUCAUCUGUACGCAUGAACAAGAUCCUAUAUGUCAAAAUGGAUUUAAACCAGUAACAGUGUACGAUGAGACAACAAAAAAUUGCUGCUUCAAAAAGGAGUGCCAAUGUCACUGUUAUGGCUGGGGCGAUCCACAUUAUGUGACAUUUGAUGGAACAUACUAUGACUUUCAAGGAAACUGCUCUUACGUCUUGGUUAAAGAGAUCAUUCCAAGAUACAACUUCAGCAUCAUCAUUGAUAACGUUUACUGUGGUUCAGUAGAUGGCGUCUCAUGUCCUAAAUCGUUGACUAUUUACUACAAGUCUUAUGAAAUCUACUUGGGUCAAGACCGUUCUUAUGAAAAUGUUACAAACCUGAUAUAUGUCAAUCACAAACGCAUCCAUCCAGCCUACAAAUCGCCUGACGGCAGUUUUGAGAUCACAGACAAUGGUAUUGAAGCAUUGCUGGUCAUUCCUGCCAUUGGGGCCCAGGUGAUGUUCUCGGGUCUGCAGUUCAGUGUUGACCUGCCAUGGAGUAAAUUCUUCAACAACACAGAGGGACAAUGUGGAACAUGUGACAACAAUCGCACAGAUGACUGCCGUUUACCAAAUGGAACGAUUGACUCCUCUUGCCAGGACAUGGCCCACUAUUGGAGAACUGACAACUGUACAGCCCCGAAGCCUCAUCCCACACCUACACCUUGUUCACCCGAAGUCAAAGCUAUCUGUAAAGUCAUCGCUAGCAAGAUAUUUGAGUCCUGUCAUAACCUUAUCGCCUACGAGCGAUUUUUGCUGGGUUGUGAGUUUGAUGUAUGCCAUGGCCUACCUGCUUGUGCCAGCAUUCAGACCUAUGCCCAGCAAUGUGCAUUAGCUGGUAUAUGUGUUGACUGGAGACCAGCGACAGGAAAAGUGUGCGAGUUCAAGUGUACACCACCCCUUGAGUAUGGAGCCUGUGGUAAACAAAUCCCACCCACAUGCGAUCUCAGCUAUAAUUAUAACUUCAUUUACCUGAAGAAUGAUUUCAUGGCUUACACACAAAUGGAAUGGGAGGGAUGCUACUGCCCUAAUGGAACAAUUCUCCUUCAUCCAGAGUCUAAUAUAUGUGUCCCUCACUGUGAUAUCUGCCUGAGGGGUGACGAAAUCGUAAAGGUUAAUGACAGUUGGACUGAUGGUUGCAAGCAGUGCCAAUGUGUGAAGCCAAAUGAUUAUACCUCGCCUCUAGUCAUAUGUCAGCCUCGGCCUUGUCCCACUAAACCCCCAGUCAUAUGUACUGAGCUGGGCCAGGUUACUGUGAUAGAAGAGGUGAACUGCUGCCAAGAGCACAAAUGUGUGUGCAAUGUCAGCACUUGUCCCAGCCGGCCGGACCAGUGUCCAGUAGGCUACAAGCUGGAGGUCAACAUGGGAGUGUGUUGUCCCAGUUACAAGUGUGUGCCUAAACCUGUUUGUGUAUUCAACAACACCGAGUACCCGGUUGGCAGCAGUGUGCCGAAGAGAGAUUGUGAAAAGUGUGUGUGCAGUGAUAAAAUGGAGGAGGAUGGCAAACUGCACGAGAUUACAUGUGAGCCUAUCAAAUGCAACACUGUCUGCCCAGUGGGUUUCGAGCUUCAGAGUAAACCUGGAGAAUGUUGUAAGUCAUGUGUCCAGGUCGAAUGCGUGGUCCAGUAUUCAGGAAACCUCACCCAUACUAUUCCAGUUGGCGGUAUCUGGAUUCCAUCUGACAACAAGUGUGAAAAGUAUGAGUGUGUGGAGCUUGUUGGCCACUUCGUUGUAAUCAAGGCUGAGAUCGAGUGUCCUCUCUUCAACCCUCACAACUGCAUUUCUGGAACUGAAGUGCUGGCACCUGAUGGUUGUUGCCGUACCUGCAUUCGUAAGUGUAACGUGACAACAGAGUCCACCUACCUGCAGCACAAUGGUUGCACGUCAUCCACGAAGGUCGCUAUCAACAGCUGCCAAGGUCUUUGUCAGUCAAUGUACCGGUAUUCUUAUACGUCUGGCAUGGCUGAGCACUCCUGCUCUUGUUGCCAGGCGAUAUCCUCCACCAAGAAAGAAGCUGAAAUGCUAUGCCCCGACGGGACAAAGUCCAGCUACUCAUAUGAUUACAUUGAACUAUGCGGCUGUCUGCAGUCCAACUGUGUCACCAUGAAGAACGCGAUCCCCAAAACCCUUAAGGGGAAAGUUUAAAAGGCUUUAAGACAUCCGUGCUGGAUGCAAUUUUAUAACAAAUUACUUCAUCUAUUUAUGUCACCCAUUGACUGUAGUUUUUAGGACCUGCUUUUGUAUCCUUUCUAAUCCAAUAUGAAUAAAAUAGCUUGGAUGCAUA